UAUUAAAACAACGUUUCGUUUUGUUUCUUACCAAACUUCCCACCAAAAGCACAAACUCCCAAUUACGUCAAAAAAAAAAAAGCACAAACUCCCAAUUGUUGUGUCCUCGAUUCGAGGUGGUCUCUUCUUUCGAUUAACUUCUCUUGUCUGUUAUCCUAAAUCUCCACACAUCUUUGUCUCUCUCUCUCUCUCUCUCUCUCUCUCUGUCUCUCAUCUGCCGCCGGAAACAUCAUCCACAACAAUGGCCACCGAAACCCAAAUCCGAAUCGGAGUUAUGGGUUGCGCCGAUAUCGCUAGAAAAGUCUCUCGCGCGAUCAACCUAGCUCCAAACGCCAAAAUCGUCGCCGUCGCAAGCCGCUCCUUAGAAAAGGCCAAAUCUUUCGCUCUCUCCAAUAACUACCCUGAAUCGACAAAAAUCCACGGCUCUUACGAAUCGAUUCUCGAAGAUCCAGAGGUUGAUGCUCUCUACGUUCCUUUACCCACUAGUCUCCACGUCGAGUGGGCUAUACGCGCCGCCGAGAAAGGGAAACACAUACUUCUGGAGAAACCUGUGGCUAUGAAUGUCGCUGAGUUUGAUAAGAUUGUUGCUGCUUGUGAAGCAAAUGGUGUUCAGAUCAUGGAUGGUACUAUGUGGGUUCAUAACCCUAGAACGGCUAAGCUUAAGGAGUUUCUCUCUGAUUCAGAACGUUUUGGCCAGCUCAAAACAGUACAGAGUUGCUUCUCAUUUGCUGGAGACGAAGACUUCCUCAAAAACGACAUCCGUGUGAAACCAGGCCUUGAUGGGCUUGGUGCUCUCGGAGACGCUGGAUGGUACGCGAUCCGAGCAACACUCUUAGCCAAUAACUUCGAGCUUCCACAAACCGUCACUGCUUUCCCCGGCGCUGUCUUAAACGAGGCAGGAGUGAUCCUCUCAUGUGGAGCAUCUCUAACCUGGGAAGACGGGAGAAACGCAACCAUAUACUGCUCUUUCUUAGCUAAUCUAACAAUGGAGAUAACCGCCAUUGGAACCAAAGGCACGCUUCGUGUUCACGACUUCAUCAUCCCGUUUAAAGAGACCGAGGCAUCGUUCACCACGAGCACUAAAGCUUGGUUCAAUGAGCUCGUGACCGCGUGGGUUAACCCGCCGAGCGAACACACGGUUAAGACAGAGCUUCCACAAGAAGCGUGUAUGGUGAGAGAGUUUGCUCGAUUGGUUGGUGAAAUCAAGAACAAUGGUGCGAAGCCUGAUGGGUUUUGGCCGAGCAUUAGCAGGAAGACACAGCUUGUAGUUGAUGCUGUUAAAGAGUCUGUUGAUAAAAACUAUGAGCAGAUUAGUCUCUCUGGUCGUUGAAGGAAAAGGGGCUCAAAUUAGUAAUUUGAACAUGAUGAGUUCUCUUAUCACCCUCUCUCUCUAUCUCUGCAACUUUGAUCAUCUGUUGUUAUUCGUAUGCUCGGUCUUACGCGUGUUUGUUGGUAUGUUGAUAUUAAAUGUUAUCAUAUCUGUUACGAGUAACAUUAUAAUAUCUGUUACUAGUACAAUUUAAGUUAAAUGUUAUAAUAUCCGUUACUCAUUGUUUACGUGGAUUUUCUUUUUGAUGAACCUUGUCUAAUUUUUGUUUUUGAUUAUAA